AAUAAUAAGGCACAAGUUAUAAAAAAAGCGCAUGAAGUUACAAAAAAAAAGCAUAAACAAAUGUCAAGUGACAGCGGCUAAAAUAAAAUGGCCGACGGAACGGUUAUUGAGUUGACUACCGGUAUAAAUUCUUAUCGGUGUAGAGCUGCACCGCUGGACGGUGAAAAGAACGCGGUGACUCCGCGGCGGAGUGGAUUACUAACUCGCAUCGUGUCUGACGCCAGGCGGAUAGCGGAAGAGCGAAAGAGAUAGACGCAUGAGCAGCUAUUACGUCUUUAACAGAGGUGAAGGUGGAAACCUGUACGAAGCGUUAUCGAACGACAGCAAUAAAGACCAGGCCAAAAGACAAACAAGUACGAUGAACAACACUAUGAUGAUGAACAUUGGCAACAUAGUGCACUUUUCAACAGUUUUUUCAAACUUUCAAGAAUCUCAGCCAUGAAACUAGUAUUCUGCUUCGGGAUAUAACAAAUAAUAGGUUUCGGCAAUGAACACUUCUGUUGGCAUAUCAAGUCCACCCACAAUUUGCAUUGCAUGAGAAUGAAACUGUCGCUCCAAUGGGGCAGGUUCAAGAAUCAAAGGAGAAAUGGAAGUCAACUGGUGACUUAGUUCUGCAUUACAUUUCUACCAGUAAAUCAUAUCGGAGCGUGACCUCAACAAAAUGUUACCUAAGUCUAGAAGCAGAUAAUAAAUAUUCUGAUAGUGAAAAAUUGAAAAUCCUACACACUCUUAACAGUAGUGAUUCAGAAAGUUUAUCUAGGUAUGAUGUCGCAAAAACUAGGGUAAAAAAACUAUCUGAAUGGAUAAAAAAAUAUGGAAAACUGAAAGACAUAUCUGAAUUGGAGAAUGUAGAUGGUUUUACUGAAAAAACUGUAAAGAAAUUCUACAAGAGUAUACUGGAUGGACCAAAGAAUGUAGCGAAUAGGAUAAAAGGCCAAAUUUUACAUCCAACAUUAUUAGAAACUGUUAGACAGAACUGCAGAUCGGUGCUAUCAGUGUAUGUAACAGUAAACUCGGUGUGCUGGACUCUUAUUGAUAGAACAAACUAUGAACUUCUCGAGUGGAAGUACCAUGGAAUUGAAUAUCCUGAUGGAAAGAGGCUACAGAUCAAUGAAAUAUUGGAUAUUGCAUGGCAAAUAACCACAAAAUUACCGGAAGCUGAUAUUUACGUAAUGAAAGCGGAGUCAACCAGUCUCCGUGCAGCGGGGAGUGAUCCUAACAAUCCAAAAGUUCUUACCGUCAACUUGCAAAAAGCUCAAAUGAUUGCCAUGAUGAUUGCUCUGAUUAAUACAAGGAAUAUUAAUGUAGACAGUUAUUUUUUCAGGACUAGUGGAGAGAAUACGGAUAAACUAAAUCAGAAAAUAUAUUUUCUGCGAUCAACAUUACCUUACAGAUUGUACGGAACAUUGGUGGGAAACGAAAGAGUAUCAACGGACCAAACGGUAGAAAUGCUUUUGGAAAAUGCGAAGAAAAUUUGUCCCAACAAUUCACAUGUAUACGUCAGUGAAAGUAUAGUUUCCAUGUUUCGUUCACAAAAAGAAUUACAAAAGGACAUGAUGGGACAUUCUCUAUUGCUAGGACUGACUUUUAUGGACAUCUGUAUUUAUAUGAACCAGAAGAGCAUCGCUAAAUUGUCGAGAAACGGAGAAACGUGAUAAUAAAAAAUGUUUAAAUAGAA